AUGGAUACAAAGAAGCCAAGAAUGAAGAAAGAACAGCAACAAUAUUUAUUAAACUUCUUGAUGAGGAAUCCGGAAACGGUUAACGGAAAUUCUUGUUGUUCGUUGUGUGAAAAUCAGUUGCCGGCUACCAAAAGAUUGUGGACUGAACUGACAGAAGCUCUCAAUGGAAUGGGAGGUGUUCGUAAGAUACAGAAAGAUUGGUUAGAGGAUAUAUAUUCAGACACUGAAGAAGAGCCCCCGAAGGAAGCGGCUAUGGUGGACGCGUUGACACCGACGGCGAGUCACGAUGGGGCGACUGUCGUCACUUCAAUGGCGACGGAAGCGUCAUCAAUACCGACAGCAUCUCGCGUUGGUAGAAUUGCGGUAGACGCGUUGAUGAUGCCAGCGGCAAAUAGAGAUCUGGCGACGAUCAGUUGCAGUCGUGUACACAUCGUGGCCUCAACCCCUGAACAGAGACUGGAGGACGGCGUGGUGCGCAACACUCCGCGCCUCGAGCACCGCAACGCACGUCGAGCAACGCCCCGAAUGCUCGUGCCGCCAGCCGAUUCAGCCACCCUGCAAGAAGAUGCCAUGAUAGCGGCUUUAAGGGGAGGGAGCCCAAGCGCAGAUAGCGCUCGCCAAUGCGCAGACAGAGACCGCUCGGUAUCUUGGCGAUUGCAUAAUGCGUGCCGCUCCCAUGUUCGUCGAAGCGAUCAAUAA